CGCGAACAUGACGUCAUUGUCAUGGCGGCUAUCAAGAAGUAAUGUGUUUUCGCGAGAAGUGAACUUGUACACCGAACUUGAUGAUUCUUGAAUGUUAAAUCUGCAUUGUCUUGAAGAAGACCCUCAUCAUGUCGACCAGCAAUUUAACAUGGAGUAUUCAGGAAAAGGAGCGAAUGUGUAAACUGUUAGAACUCUACCCGUACAAUGCCGUUCCUAUUCUCGCCAAAAAAAUUGGAACAAAGUCAGAGGAAGAGGUGGAGGAGUAUAUUCAGAAGAUGAUCAACAGCAUUAUUAGAAAUGAGGAAUCAUACAAGACUAAAAAAGUUGCUCUACACCGUGCACCACUUGAGGAGUGGGCGGACAUAUCGUCAGAUCUGGUCAGCUUUGAACAUACAGACUUCUCACAGAACCUGGCUAAGGUGUUUAAUGUGAUUGCUCUGUAUGAAGACCAGAAAGAUGAGAAGGUCAACUACCGGGCCAUCUACCGAUUCCUGUCCCAGUGUAUGCAGAUGGGGCGCCAAGAUGAUUUGGAAUCCCUCGGCCCCAUUGAGUGCUCUAUUCUGGUGGAUCUGAUGCACAGUUUGAUGGAUGUUCUGAGCCAGCACGAUGUCUACGUCCAGGCAAACAUACUCAAGUGGAAACACAUGCUUCUCGAGUAUCGAGACAGUUAUUGUAACCCGGACCCUCGCCUGCUCAGAAUGGCCUCAGAAAACGAUUUUGACGAUUUCAUUGAUGGGCUGUUUGAUGAACAUGGACAGUUUCGUAUGCAACCAGGAUACAUACCAGAACUCGGGAAUGUUGCGCUUCGGCAAGCAUUCAAAUCCAUGAAAGAAGGUGAAAUAUUUAAAAAAGCACCUUCCAAAGAUGCUAGUGGCAAGCCCAAGACAACCGAAACAUCCACUGGUGGGAGAAAUGCACAGGAGAAAGGUGAUAUAUUUAAGAAAGCACCUUCCAAAGAUGCUAGUGACAAGACCAAGACAACUGAAACAUCAACUACUGGGACAUAUGCACAGGAGAAAGGUGAAAUAUUUAAGAAAGCACCUUCCAAAGAUGCUAGUGACAAGACCAAGACAACUGAAACAUCAACUACGGGGACAUAUGCACAGGAGAAAGGUGAAAUAUUUAAGAAAGCACCUUCCAAAGAUGCUAGUGACAAGACCAAGACAACUGAAACAUCAACUACUGGGACAUAUGCACAGGAAAAAGGUGAAAUGAAUGAAACUGAAGCUGAGGAGGUCUCAAAAAGAGCUGGUGGCUGGAAAAGGAGGCAUCCGUUGUCAAAAAAAGAUGAAGAAAAUGCUACAGUUGUUAGGGUUGGUUUGGCUAAUCAGGAUGUGACUAGCUCUUCCAAGAACCUGACCUACACCAUGGAAAGGGAACAGAUCAAGUCAAGAUCAUGUAUACAGCCAAGAGAUGCAAAACAAACCACAGAAAGUGUUAGGUCCGGUCAGAAAUCAUCGCAGUCACAUGCCCAGGCAUCUCGUACAAUCUCUUCUACAAUAGAUUGCUCUGCUUCUAAUCAAGCUCCACCAGUAGAGAUAAAUGAUGAAGAAAUUAUCAAAGAAAAACAUCAGCAACUUAAUCAGCUAUUCGCUAAAUUCACCCCAAAAACGGCUAAUAUGGCACCAAGCAUGGUGUCACUUUGUCCUGCUUCUGAAGUUAAAAAACAUAAAGCUGGAGCCAAGAAAAGGUUCCCAAAACCUGAAGAAUUGGAGACUCCAAAAACUGAGAUUAUUCUUGUAAUGCCACCAAAAGGAGUACCGAUUAAGAAUUACACAGUACAGUCAAAGACUCGAAAGAAAUUUGAAACAGUAAUUGAUGAGGAAGAUUUGACCAUAUUAGAAGAAAAGGAGGAAAGAGAAUAUUAUUAUGAGGUAAAAACCUGUGAACUGGACCAAUUCUAUAAUAAGAAAAGGAAAGUGGAACAGUCCCCUGCCGAAAUUGUACCAGCUGUAAAAGCAAAAAUAGACAACUUUAACCAGCAAGCUGAUAGUAAAAUAGCAGCAAAGAAAAGGCUUGAUUUGGCUAGAAAACGUAAACUGGAAGCAGUAAAACGGGCAGUAAAGGAUCGGCAAGCUCCUGUGAAGAAGUCUAAGACAUAUUCCCUUAACCCAUUCUGCCUGCCUCUCAUGUUGGUUGAUUUGGAUCAAUGAACAGUGAACAUUGUAAAUUGUAUUCCCAAAAUGUCACAGUAUUUUUAUGUCACUUAGAAAAGACAAUAAUGUUUAUGUCAUACUUCUACAAUGUCAGCGUUUUGAAUAUUGUACAGGUGCUAUUUAAUCAUCAUGCAACUUUGUUGAAUAUUAAAGGUACUUCAUGGUCUUAUUGUUGAAUGCUUCGAUAAAGGAUUGAUCACAUUUUGUGUGUAUUCUUGCUACAUGAAUGCUGAAGAGCGAGCUUACUAAAUCCAUGGUAUUUGCCAAGAUAUGGGUUUCAUUUUGGGAGAUAUUCGCAAGUGUCCCUACUGCAUUAAUACAGUAAGAACACAUGAACAAAUAUGAUCAAUCUUAAUAAAUAUUUUCAAAUAUAACAUAAUAUAACAAUAUUCAUCACAGUUGAAAAUCAGUAAAAUCUUGUGCAAUGGAGUAUUUAUUGAAUUAAAAGGACAAUGUACUAGUACAUGCUUGAAUGUAUAAACAAAUAGCCGAUAAUAUCAUACAUCAUACGUCAAGUGAAGUCACAUUAAACCAAAGUGUGAUUUUGAAAUAAACAAUGAAAUCACUAA